AUGAAGGCGACUUACGAUCGGGACGUGUCUCUUCCUAUUUCGGAGGGAGCUUGGUCGGAAUGCGAUCGAUGCCGGCGGCGACCAGCGACAGCGAGAGUGACCACCAAGUCUAAAUACGCAGAAAUCAAGUUACCUGGAAAAUUGGACGAUGCUGAACGGAAAAAUUCAGCAGCAUUGCCGGACAAACAAUCGCCUAUGUGCCUUUUAUGCAACAAAGUUUUGGGCAAUGACGCUAUGAAACCAUCUAAACUACAAGAUCGUCUGAGAAGAUGCCACCCUGAUAAAACAGAGAAAGAUUUGAAAUACUUUCAAACACUCAAAGAUAAAUUUCAGAAGAGACCUACAUUGGACAGAAUAUUCGCUUCGACGUCACAAAGAAAUGAUGAUGGUUUGCGGGCGUCUUACAAUAUCUCGUUACUUAUAGCAAAAUCCGGAAAACCGCAUACUAUCGGAGAGAAGUUAAUUUUGCCAGCCAUUGAAGAGGUAUUAAAAACUGUUUUACACAAACCUGAAUCUGAUAUCAUUAAAAGAAUUCCCUUAAGCAACAAUACUGUUGAAAGACGUAUUGAUGAAAUGAGUUCUGAUAUUGAAAGCUUCUUAUAUUUUGAAUCUAGGUUUGAGGAUAUUUUGACUAUGGUAAUACCACCGUGGAUAAUUAAUCCAUAUGGUGACAUAGAGGAAACGAAUGUCAUAAUACAAGAGGAACUGACUGAACUAAGUACAAACGAAGAACUUAAAGUUCAGUUUAAAAACGGAUAUCAGCAAUUCUGA